AUGUGGAUAAUUAAUUCCCGAGGGGGGACCCCGAGGGAUCCCCGGAUUUUUUGGGGACCCCAGGACCAUUCCCAAGGGAUCCCCGGAUUUCUGGGGGACGCCAGGACCGCCACCCUGGAGCACCUGGGGCUGGCCCGGUGUCCCCAGGUGAGCGAGAGGGGCCUGGCCACGCUGCACCACCUCAGGCAGUCCCGGUGUCUCUCCGGUUGUUCCCCAUUGGUCACGGUCUCUCUCCGGUUGUUCCCCAUUGGUCACGGUGUCUCUCCGGUUGUUUCCCUGGCAGUCACGGUGUCUCUCCGGUUGUUUCCCGGCAGUCACGGUGUUUCCGGUUGUUCCCCAGUGGUCACGGUGUCUCUCCGGUUGUUCCCCGGCAGUCACGGUGUCUCUCCGGUUGUUCCCCUGUGGUCACGGUGUUUCUCUCCAGUUGUUCCCUACAGGCAGUCACGGUGUCUCCGGUUGUUCCCCAUUGGUCACGGUGUCUCUCCGGUUGUUCCCCGGCAGUCACGGUGUCUCUCCAGUUGUUUCCCCAUUGGUCACGGUGUCUCUCCGGUUGUUCCCCCGGCAGUCACGGUGUUUCUCUCCGGUUGUUCCCUACAGGCAGCUGUGCUCUCUGGACCUGGCGGGGCUGUCCCGGUGUCCCCCGGUGUCCCCCGGUCUCUCUCCGGUUGUUCCCCAUUGGUCACGGUGUGUCUCCGGUUGUUCCCUACAGGCGGCUGUGCUCUCUGGACCUGGAGGGGCUGUCCCGGUGUCUCUCCGGUUGUUCCCCAGUGGUCACGGUGUCUCUCUCCGGUUGUUCCCCAUUGGUCACGGUGUCUCUCCGGUUGUUUCCCCGGCAGUCACGGUGUUUCUCUCCGGUUGUUCCCUACAGGCAGCUGCGUUCUCUGGACCUGGCGGGGCUGUCCCGGUGUCUCUCCGGUUGUUUCCCCAUUGGUCACGGUGUCUCCGUUUGUUUCCCUGGCAGUCACGGUGUCUCUCUCCGGUUGUUUCCCUGGCAGUUACAGUGUCUCCGGUUGUUUCCCUGGCAGUCACGGUGUCUCUCUCCGGUUGUUUCCCUGGCAGUCACAGUGUCUCUCCGGUUGUUCCCCGGCAGUCACGGUGUUUCCGGUUGUUCCCCAGUGGUCACGGUGUCUCUCCGGUUGUUCCCUACAGGCAGCUGCGCUCUCUGGACCUGGCGGGGCUGUCCCGGUCUCUCUCCGGUUGUUCCCCUGUGGUCACGGUGUCUCUCUCCGGUUGUUCCCUACAGGCAGUCACGGUGUCUCUCCAGUUGUUCCCUGGCAGUCACAGUGUCUCCGGUUGUUCCCCAUUGGUCACGGUGUCUCUCCGGUUGUUCCCCGGCAGUCACGGUGUUUCUCUCCGGUUGUUCCCCAGUGGUCACGGUGUCUCCGGUUGUUUCCCCGGCAGUCACGGUGUCUCUCCGGUUGUUCCCCGGCAGUCACGGUGUUUCCGGUUGUUUCCCCGGCAGUCACAGUGUCUCUCCGGUUGUUUCCCUGGCAGUCACGGUGUCUCUCUCCGGUUGUUCCCCGGCAGUCACGGUGUUUCCGGUUGUUCCCCAUUGGUCCCGGUGUCUCUCCGGUUGUUUCCCCAUUGGUCACAGUGUCUCUCCGGUUGUUUCCCAUUGGUCACAGUGUCUCUCCGGUUGUUCCCUACAGGCUGUCCCGGUGUCUCCGGUUGUUCCCCAGUGGUCACGGUGUCUCUCUCCGGUUGUUCCCCCAUUGGUCACGCUGUUUCUCUCCGGUUGUUCCCUACAGGCAGCUGCGCUCUCUGGACCUGGCGGGGCUGUCCCGGUCUCUCUCCGGUUGUUCCCCGGUGUCCCCCGGUCUCUCUCCGGUUGUUCCCCAUUGGUCACGGUGUCUCUCCGGUUGUUCCCCAGAUCCUCCUGGGAUCCUCCGGGAUCUGCCCGGAUCUGGGAUCCGCCCUGAAACAACCCCUGAUCCACCCGGGAUCCGCCCGGGAUCCUCUGGGAUCUUCCCGGGGUCCUCCUGGGAUCCUCCGGGAUCCACCUGGAUCUGGGAUCCGCCCUGA